UAAAUAAUACGUUAAUAUCCCAUGUGUAUAUUCUUUCCUUUUAGAAGGAAUAGAUGUAUUCCAUUUUAAAUAUUUUCAGGCCCCUCAAAGUAAUUUUCAUUCAGUCAAGGAACUGUUAACACUUUCUUACCCCUUUAGAAGUCCCACACCUUAGGAAAGAAUCAAAACACCUCUUAAAUCUACCUUCAAAGCUGGUUCAAUGGAAAUAACAUAGAAAGUUUGUUGAAAAAUAAGACAGUAAAGAUUUUCCUUUGUCUUUUAUUAGCUCCCAUUUAUUUCUUUAUCUAACCACCAACUGCUAACUUCCAGGAUCUAUAAAGAUUGAAGACCCAGGGUACUCAUAAACUCAGAUACACAAGAGAUCUUGUCCUCGAAUUCACUUUCUGAGUGUGCUUGUUAUAGGAAUAGUGAAAACUUAACCUCAAUAAAGCUGGGGUCUCCACCUACCUUCCUCCCAGGUUAGCAUAUGAAUUCCAGAGUAGUUUACAUUAUACCACAAUGUUAUCUGUCUGUGCUGAUAUACGCUGAGAUUUCCUAUCAGUCCUCAGGCGUCAGUCCACAAGGUUGGCUACCAGUCUGUCACUUGUUUCCUGUCAACAUGUCCCCUUUUGUCUGGCCCACUCUGUGCUAGCACCUCAUAUGCAGGCAGUCAUUCUUCUGCUACUGCAGUAUGCUGGAGCCUAGGGACCCCUGGAGGUUGUUUAAACCCAUUUAUCUAAAGCAGAGGAUCUAAAACUGGCAGCCUGUAGCCACUUCAAAUCUGCACAUGUUUUUCAACCUGCAUGAUUAAAUCAGUUGUUUAUCACUGCUUAACAAACCAUCCCAAAUUUUAGUAGUGUAAAAUAUACCAUUCUAUUUGUUCCCAAUUCUGUGGCUCAGCAGUUUGGCCCAGAUUUAACUGGUGGUUCUUCUGCUGGUCUUGCCUGGGAUCACACAUGUGACUGCAGUCACCUGGCAGCCAGACUGCCUCAUUCACAUGUCUGGCAGUCACUGUGGGGCUUGCAAGGCUGUUGCCUUGAUCUCUGGAGGCCAGCCCAGCUACUUUGUACAGUAUCUCUGGCUGUAAGAAUUGGACCUGUCUUAAGGCACAAGCACUUUUCAAACUCUGUGUCAUGUUUGCUAUUGGCCAAAGAAAAAGACCCUACCUCUUGAUGGGAGGAACAGCAAAGUCACAUUCAAAGGGGCACAUAUACAAGGGUAGGAGGAAUUUGGGCAUUUUUUGCCAUCUAUCAUAGAGUUGUCUCUCUCUCUCUCUCUCUCUCUCUCUCUCUCUCUCUGUCAUUCUAAUUGCCAAUGUUUAAAAAUUGGAGCUUCAUCUUGAAAAAUCAGCUAGCCUAUUUUAAUCAUUUAUACUUCUUCCCUUGUCUGUUGGCAUUUGAGUUGUGAUAAUGCCUAGUUUACGAGAUUGUUUUUGUGAAGUUAGAUAUGGAAAAAUCUGACAAAAGCAGGCACUCAGUAUGUUUUCCCCUUUCCCCUUUACCUGCAAAUGACCAAGGAGAGCAGCCAAGAUGAAGAACAAGGUAGUCAUAGAGGAGGUGGCUGGAGAGUAAUCCCUUAGUCUGUUUUAGAAGUAUAAAAGCAUUAGGAAACAAAACUCUUAAAGAGUUUGUAAGAAAACUAAAUGUACUUUAAGAAAUUAAAAAGAGCAACAGGAAACAUCUCAGUUUGCUCUAAGUGAAAUGCUUCAGGCCCUGCCAGUAGAUGACUGGAUUACAACCAGGUUAUGUUUGAAUGCAAAGUCCAGGCUCAAAAAGGGGUCUUAAUGGCUCCUACUAAACUGGUAUCUUAAGGCAAGGAAAGAGAAUAUGUCCCUAAUGUCUAAAACUAUGCCUAAUACUUACCCAAGAACCUGAGCUUAUUCCUGGGAGGCACCUGCAGAGAACUGAAUGGUUCUCGUCCGGGUGCUUGUCGUCAGGUGGCUGUGUGUAAACAUCUUACCCCAGUGUAAACAUCUGGAGCUGGUAAACGUCUAGGGGUUUUUCUUACUGCCCUCCAGACUCAGCACUGCCUGUUCCUUUCUAGCCUGAGUCAGAACUCAGCAGAGAACUCUCCAACACACAGAGCAGGCACUAUCUGCCAGUUCCUUUCCCUGAUAGCUUCAAAUUCUCUGCCUUUUGAAAUAAGCCUCCUUUUAACUUGAACAAAUAAUUGGUCAGUAUCUGCCUCAGGUGAAGAGGAGCCCGGCCUUUGCAAACACAUAGGAACAAACUAUUUAAAAACCAAAGCAUUUGUGUAAGCAGUUAAGAAAUAAGCUUGUUGGACUUUGUCCCUAUAUAUGAGUUAGGCAAUUCUCCCAGGUGAUUUGAGUGACCCGCUGACAGUGAAGCACAGUGAAGCAGUUUAAACCAGAAUAUCCAAGAGUGGUUAGAAGAGAGAGCAGCAUUCUGGCUUUAUAUCCUCUGGACCUGCGUUUCCUGAAAUCAUCACACAGAGAACAGAGAGAAAAUGGCCGAAUUAAAGUACCUUUCUGGAUUUGGGAAUGAGUGUACUUCAGAGGACCCUCGCUGCCCAGGUUCCUUGCCAGAAGGACAGAAUAAUCCUCAGGUCUGCCCCUACAAUCUAUAUGCUGAACAGCUCUCGGGAUCGGCUUUCACUUGUCCACGGAGCACCAAUAAGAGAAGCUGGUUGUAUAGGAUUCUACCUUCGGUUUCUCACAAGCCCUUUGAAUCCAUUGAUGAAGGCCAUAUCACUCACAACUGGGAUGAAGUUGAUCCUGAUCCUAACCAGCUUAGAUGGAAACCGUUUGAGAUUCCAAAAGCAUCUCAAAAGAAAGUGGACUUUGUGAGUGGCCUGCACACCUUGUGUGGAGCUGGAGACAUAAAGUCUAACAAUGGGCUUGCUAUCCAUAUUUUCCUCUGUAAUACCUCCAUGGAGAACAGAUGCUUUUACAAUUCAGAUGGGGACUUCUUGAUUGUUCCCCAGAAAGGGAACCUUCUCAUUUACACCGAGUUUGGCAAGAUGCUUGUACAGCCCAAUGAGAUCUGCGUCAUUCAGAGAGGAAUGCGGUUCAGCAUAGAUGUGUUUGAGGAGACCAGGGGCUACAUCUUGGAGGUCUACGGUGUCCACUUUGAGUUACCUGACCUUGGACCAAUUGGGGCCAAUGGCUUGGCCAAUCCUCGUGAUUUCUUGAUACCCGUUGCCUGGUAUGAGGAUCGCCAAGUACCAGCUGGUUACACUGUCAUUAAUAAAUACCAGGGCAAGCUGUUUGCUGCCAAACAGGAUGUCUCCCCAUUCAAUGUUGUGGCCUGGCAUGGGAAUUAUACACCCUACAAAUACAACCUGAAGAAUUUCAUGGUUAUCAACUCGGUGGCCUUUGACCAUGCAGAUCCAUCCAUUUUCACAGUGUUGACUGCUAAGUCUGUCCGCCCUGGAGUGGCCAUCGCUGAUUUUGUCAUCUUCCCACCACGAUGGGGGGUUGCUGAUAAGACCUUCAGGCCUCCUUAUUACCAUAGGAACUGCAUGAGUGAGUUCAUGGGACUCAUCCGAGGUCACUAUGAGGCAAAGCAAGGUGGGUUCCUGCCAGGGGGAGGCAGUCUGCACAGCGCAAUGACCCCGCAUGGACCUGAUGCUGACUGCUUUGAGAAGGCCAGCAAGGCCAAGCUGGCACCUGAGAGGAUUGCUGAUGGCACCAUGGCAUUUAUGUUUGAAUCAUCUCUAAGUCUGGCAGUCACCAAGUGGGGACUCAAGGCCUCCAGGUGUUUGGAUGAGAACUAUCACAAGUGCUGGGAGCCACUGAAGAGCCAUUUCACUCCCAACUCCAGGAACCCAGCAGGACCUAAUUGAGACUGGAACAUUGCUACCGUAAUUCAGAGUAGAUUUGUGAGUCUUUCUUGAGAAUCUUAUGCUUUCUGGUAGUAUUGGGGGAGGGGGUUGGUUAAAAUGAAAACUCACUUUUCACAGUCAAGUAACUGAGAACUUUUGUGGAAACGCAUUUGCAAAGUUCUAUGGCUGUUACCUUAAUUACUCAAUAAACUUGCUGGUGUUCUGUGGAAGUA